CAAUAGAUAUAGAAAAAUAUAUAUUCUAGAUUUUCUCCCUCCCUCCGUCCGUCAUAUAAAAUCCGAUCGUCCGAUCACCAGAUUCUCUCUCUCUCUGGCAUCUUCUUCUCCACCAAUCCGCUCUCUUUGACCUUCCAAAACACACACAAACACACACCUACACAUACAACACGCUGUCUCCACUCCUCCCAAAGCGUCGCUAAAACUAUCAAUCACAAAUGGCUUCGUUAUCGGAACAACAGCAGACGAAUCGUGAAGAUUUACCGACGGUUAAAGAACUGAUGCAUAAAACGAAAAUAAUUCAGUUUUUUGGAAGAGAUACUCCGAUUAUACUGCAGAAUGAUAAUGGACCUUGUCCUCUACUCGCUAUCUGCAACGUUCUGCUGUUGAGAAACAAUUUGAGUCUGAGCUCAGAUGUGGCCGAAGUAUCUCAGGAGAAAUUGCUUUCACUUGUGGCAGAGCGUUUAAUUGAUUCAAACAGUAAUGUUGAUAACAAAGAUGCAGGUUAUGUUGAAAAUCAACAACAGAAUAUCGCUGAUGCCAUUGAUUUACUUCCUCGUCUUGCAACUGGCAUCGAUGUGAACAUUAAGUUCACUAGAAUUGAUGAUUUUGAGUUCACAAGGGAGUGUGCAAUAUUUGAUUUAUUAGAUAUUCCACUUUAUCACGGUUGGAUUGUCGAUUCACAGGAUUCUGAUACUUCGAGUGCCAUUGGCUCAAAGUCGUACAAUACACUGAUGGGAGAACUCGUUGCUCUUGAAACUCAAAAUAUGGAAACUGUUCACAAGAAGAUAUCGGAAGAAGAUCGUGUUGAACAUUUAGAAAAAGGAGACCUUGAAGAGGCAAAUGAGCAUUUGAUAAUACCAACAGAAACAGUCAACCCAAAUUCGGCAAAUGAUAAAGUUGUUAAUGGUACUGUUGAGGAAAAGUUGACUACAAAAGCAAACGUUGAUAAUGGCAGUGCAAUGAAAAAUUGCGAUGAUGAUUUGAUAACGUUUGAAUCUGACAAUGAAAGCCAUGAUGGGCAAACGAAUGCUAGUGAAUCCGAGAAACAUGAAAGAAAAGAUGGAAUUGAGAAAACGGGUGUCGAAGUAUUGGAAAAAACAGAAAAGAGUUUGCCUGGAUCAGAGUCUUCAUCUCCUGUUGACCAGUCAACUUUGAACGGUGAUGUAAAUGAAGUAGAAAAAAUCAAUAUAGUUGAAACGAAGUCAAAUGAAUCAUGCUCAUCUUCAGCUAAUGUGGUCCUAGAAUCAUCCAAAGAUACAACACAAACAAUUGUCGAAUCCAACUCUUUAGUUUCAACUGCUAAUGUGAUUGACGGUGAGGUUGCCACGUCAGCACAAGUGGACAACAAUGUUACUAGUGUUGAUGAUACAAGGCCCGUGAAUGGACCCACCGCAAUACAAGGUGAACUGAUACGAAAUUUUUUGAAGAACAGUGCCAGUCAGCUGACUGUAUAUGGCUUAUUUUGCCUGCAAGAAGGUCUCAAAGAACGUGAACUUUGUGUGUUUUUCCGAAACAAUCACUUCAAUACGAUGUUCAAGUUUGAAGGUGAACUAUACAUUCUAGCUACGGAUCAAGGUUACUUAAAUCAACCUGAUUUGGUAUGGGAAAAGCUAAAUGAGGUGAAUGGUGAUACAGUGUUUAUGAACAGUAACUUCAAGAAAUUCAAGGCAGAAAAUCAUGACACGCGCUCGUGGGAUGAGCAGAACGCUAGGGCUACUACUGCUGAUUAUCUUGCGAGAAUUGACAACGCAGCACAAGGGAACACAAGUUUCAGUUCUGAUAUGCAAUUGGCUAUAGCUCUUCAACAACAAGAAUUUGAGCAACAACAACAACCACAACCCCGUGUUUUGCCACAGUCACCUACCACUUCGCGUUCAGGACUUGUUGUGGGUCCCCAGCAUGUGCAUCCGUCAAGACCCAAGCAUGCAUCUACAUCAUCUAGGCAGGAACCGAAACAAUCAAAGGAUAAGUGCACGAUAAUGUGAAAUGCCUGUUUGGAUUUAUUUAUGUUUGCACUCUAUUUUGAACCAACAAAUCCAAUUUGGGCAUACAUGUGAUUUUGGAUUCAACUUCCUUUUUUUCUGUAAAUAAUGUAGGUAAGGUACUAUUUGGUUGAUAAAAAUGAACGUUUUGUAGAAGACAUUUGCAGUUUAGAGAAAUUACUGAUUGUGUACAUGUUACUAUUCA